CCCUUUUCCAAAACAGGCCAGCAGCUCUCCUCUCUCACUCCACACAUAUACCUCAUCUCCAGUACAAAGACGCCAUGGCUGCCACCCUCUUCCUUCUCGUCGCCUCCGCCCUCCUCCUCGCGCCGCCCUCUGCAGCCCUCCCGGAUGUCACGGCCGCCCCGGAUGUCGCCGAUUCUUCGUCACCGGACCUUUUCGGGGCCCUGGGCGAGCAAGUUGAGACAUUCCUGAACCGGAUGGAGGAGAAGAUCGGUACGGCAGAGACACACACCCAGAACAAUAGAUGCAGCGGCACCCUUUCUCUCUGUGUGUGUGUGCUUGUGUGCCGUCUUGUGUUGUGUCUGUGUGUGCAGGAAGUAUUUCUCCUCUGGUUAUUGAUGACGGCAAGAAGCCCCGCGAGAAGAUCAUGGCGGCUCUGGAGCACAUCGAAGCCGUCAGGGCCAAAGCCAAUGCCACCUCAGCACCGAACGAGGCAGACAGGCCCCGCAAGCCAAUGGCAGAAGGUGAGCUGACGGACAUCGUCAACCUGGUCGAGGAGCUGAUUGCCGAGAUCGAACGCUUUCUGAAGGACGCUGAGGGCGACAUCAGCAGCGUCUUGUUCAGUCUGCUCGGGUCUUUGGAGCACUUCCUGAACAACCUGCUGGCCCUACUCCCGCUCUGAAGCCGCUGAAGCCGUC